CGUCCCCCACGUGGCCCCGCCGGGAGCCAAUCAGGAGGCGGGGAUUGUGGGGCGCCAAGCGCGUGCUGGCGGGCAGUUGCUGCGGGCGGGAUUGAAGAGCGAGAGAGAGAGAGCGAGCGAGGGACAGGCUUCGGAGGUGCUUCUUUCCCUCAGCGUCGCCAUGUCUGAGGAGAAGCCCAAGGAAGGAGUAAAAACAGAGAAUGAUCAUAUCAAUUUAAAAGUAGCUGGCCAAGAUGGAUCAGUGGUCCAAUUUAAAAUUAAACGGCACACACCGCUAAGUAAACUAAUGAAGGCUUAUUGUGAGAGACAGGGUUUGUCAAUGAGACAGAUUAGAUUCAGAUUUGAUGGACAGCCAAUUAAUGAAACGGACACACCUGCACAAUUGGAGAUGGAAGAUGAAGAUACUAUUGAUGUGUUUCAACAGCAGACGGGUGGCAUGUGCUAAAUAUCCUGUCAUUUUGGGAAGAGGAAUGUAAAAUGUCACCUCACUUUAUCAUCUGUCCUUGGAUUUGAUAUUAAAUGGUAAACAAGUGAACAUGCCAGGCAUACAGGAAUCUUCUCACAUUCUGAGGACACCUAUCCAAAUUAUUUUUUUGUUCCUGAUAUACUGCGUGUGCAAGUGGAAGCUGUAUCUGUGGAAAAUAACUGCAUCAUAAAAUGGGCCCUGUUAAAAUUAAAUUUUCAAAUAAGUAAAAUACUUGCUGUUGUCUGCUGUAAUCUUGUCCCUAUGAAUUGGUGGCCUAAAUACCAACCUACUGUAAAACAAGAAUAAUUACUUCUGGCUUUUGUUGUUUUUGUUUUACUGUUUAAUUAUAGUAAUGUAAAUAUUGAAAUAUUUUUCCUUGCAAAAGUAAAGUUUUUUCUCAGAAUAGAUGGUUUGGGAAAGAAGAGAAAGAGUUUUGCCAUUUAAUAAAGUUAAUACUUUAAACGUGUUAGUGGGAUAUGCAGAAAGGGCAGUACCUUCAAAUACAAUGCUGAACAUAGUGGCAGUUUAAGAUAAUGCAAAUGUACAUGUGCUUUUUCAUAAUAAAAUAGCUUAGAUCAAACAAGUUUUUUAAAGUAAUGGAAUGUCUUUGAGUUUGUCAGCUGCUGUAGAAUUUCCAUAUUUAACUUUCGCAGCUACUAUUUAAAAACAUCACAUCUCUGGGGUUGAGCACUAUUGUCUUUUUAAGGAGUGGACCAGAAUCCUCUUACAGGCUCAGCUGUACAACUCUCAUUCAUUUUAAUGGGACAUGUGGGAGAUGUACUCUGAUAGUUCCUAUUGAGAACCCUUACUUCUCAUGAUUGAUUUUAGAUAAUAGUUAUAUACCUUUUUUCUGUGAACACCAAUGAAAGCCCAUUUUAUAAGCUUAUUUUCUGUGAUUUUCCAAAACAUAGGCUGGCAUUCAAAGAGCUGUGUUCUGCAUAUGCAACAGGGUUUCUUGGUCCCUAUCUCUAGUUCAUCUCCUUUUGCACACUGACGUCUCCUCUUCUGAGUUUGGCUGUCUGGAGUAAUAUGCAGUGUGACACAGGUUGAUAUCAAGGAUAGGGCUCUUUGGAUUCCAGCCUUGGAUCCACAUUAUUCAAAAUAAAAAAUUUCAGUAUUUUUUUUGUUAAAAUUAAAUGUGCAUACUCUUUGAAGAAGGCGACCACAAAACAUCAAUUAAUAAAAUCUCGUGUUUUUAAUGAGACUUUCUAUAUUACUCCCCCCUCUCCCCCAUUUGGGUUUUAAUUGAUGUAAGAAUAUCUAGCUUGUGAUGUUCUUCAGUAUAUCCAAAUGAAAAUGCAGAUUUAUUUGUUCAGUUUCAGUAGGCUGUUCAUUGCUGCUUGAAAAGGUCACUUUCUGCCUUUUAUAAUCUAUCUGUUAGAUCAUUGGCUUGGAAGAAAUCCUGCUGGAAAAAAUCUCUUUUUUCAUCAAUUGUAUAUGGGCAAAGGAGGAAUAUUCUUUUAAAUCUGUUGCUGUUUCUUCAUCGAUUUGUACUAUAUAUGUCCUUUACUACUGUAUACAGUAAAUAUAGUUUGGUACUCUG